AUGGCCGCCAUCUGGGGUAACGGGGGGCAGGCCGGACAACUCCCCCUGGAGCAAUGGUUCUAUGAGAUGCCUCCCGUGACUCGAUGGUGGACUGUGGCGACCGUGGCUACGUCUGUCUUGGUGCAGUGCCAUAUCCUAACUCCGUUCCAGCUGUUCUACAGCUUUCGAGCCGUCUACGUCAAAUCCCAGUAUUGGCGACUACUGACCACCUUUCUAUACUUCGGCCCGCUGAAUCUGGACUUACUUUUCCACAUCUUCUUCCUGCAGCGGUAUUCGCGCCUGCUAGAGGAGACGUCGGGUCGCUCUCCGGCCCAUUUCUCGUGGCUGCUUUUCUACGCAAUGACCUCGUUGCUCCUGCUGUCGCCGUUUUUGUCCCUCCCAUUCCUCGGCACCGCGCUGUCUUCGAGCCUGGUCUACAUUUGGAGUCGGCGAAACCCCGACACUCGCCUUAGCUUCCUGGGCAUGCUGGUCUUCACGGCCCCAUAUCUCCCUUGGGUCUUGAUGGCAUUCAGCCUGGUCGUCCACGGCAUUGUGCCCAAGGACGAGAUCUGCGGGGUGGUUGUCGGCCAUGUCUGGUACUUCUUCAAUGACGUUUACCCCUCCCUUCACGGCGGUCAUCGUCCCCUCGAUCCCCCUGGGUGGUGGAUGCGCUUUUUUGACUCUAGAGCUGGCACCGGCGAUGCGCGAGGAACCGACACGGCGAACUUCAACCGUGAUCUGGCGGCUGCAGCGGCCCCGGAAGUUCGAUGA